AUGGCCGAACCAAAGCCUUCCACGGACUAUGUCGAGUCUGUUGCUGAAGAGGCGGCUAUACCCCCCGAGUUGAAGGGACGUGAGGAUGCCGAUCCGAAUGAUCCGCAGAAUUGGUCCACUAUAUCCAGGUUGACAACAUACCUUACCAUCUGCUUCUACACCUUCCUUGCCAAUGUCAACAGCAGCAACUUCACCGUAGCUACAAAGGCUAUAGUGCAGGAGUUCGGCGUCUCGCAAACGCAAGCUGGCGAACUGGUGUGCUUCAACGUCUUCCUCUUUGGACUGGGAAAUAUAUUCUGGGUUCCGUUAAUGCGAGUGGUGGGAAAGCGACCGGUAUACUUGAUGUCCAUGCUGCUCCUCUCCAUGAUGAACGUAUGGUCGAGUCGUGCCUCAAGCUAUGGUGAACUGCUCGCCUCACGCAUCCUCUCUGGCUUUGCAGCGGCGGCGGCUGAUGCCACCGUCCCAGCGGUAGUGUCGGACAUGGUCGCUCCUCAAGACCGAGGCCAUUAUCUCAUGGUCUUCCACCUUGCUCUGACGAGCGGAUUGUUCAUCGGGCCCUUAAUAAAUGCCUACCUCGUGCAAGAGGAGAACUGGCGGUGGAUGUGCUAUUUCCUCGCCAUUUCCGUUGGGGUUGUCCUUGUCGUGGCUAUCUUUACAGUCCGUGAGACAACGUACCUUAAACAUCGACCUCGAGUGAGCAAGAGGACGCCAAUGCAGUGGAUGUCAGUUACCCUAGGGUAUAAUCCCGAGGCGUCGUUCAUCAGGACGUUUCUCGACAUUAUCUGGAACGUAGGAUAUCCCCAACUCUUGUGGGCUGCGUUCGCCAUUGGAAUAUCUGUUGGAUGGAACAUCGUCGUCCAGCUGACGGCCUCGAGAACAUUUACCGCAUCGCCGUACAACUGGUCCGCCGGAAGCUUGGGCUUGCUCUCGAUGUCUGGUUUCAUCGGCUCCGUGCUAGCAUUCUACCUUGGCGGCCGACUCAUCGAUAUCAUCUCGACACGGUACACGAAACGCCGUGGUGGCCAGCGCUUGCCUGAGUAUCGCCUCCCGGCUAUCGUUAUUCCCGGUGUGAUCGGGCCAGGCGGACUCUUGAUAUUCGGCUUGUGUAUUUCACAUCAGACCCACUGGAUCGGACCUGCUGUAGGGUACGCCAUGCAGGCUUUCGGCGUGGCGGCAAUAUCCAACGUCGCCGUCACUUACUGUCUAGAUUGUUACAAGCCGCUCACCGGCGAAGCCCUGGUCAUUAUCUUCGUCAUCCGCAACACAAUUGGCAUGCUUCUCUCGCUGUACGCCGCAGACUGGAUCAGUCGACAAGGUCCGGCUGCAGUAUUUGGCGAGAUGACUGCCAUCCAGGCUGCUAGUAUUCUGUUGGCCAUUCCUUUAUUCUUCUGGGGCGGGCCGCUGCGGGCGUGGACGUCGCAAUAUGGACCCAUGAAGCGCUUCAUGACGGUUGAUGAGAAUUGA